AUGCUCCUCGCAGCUCCUCCCAUGGCCGCCAGCACGAGCCAGAGUACCGUCCCGGACUCGCCCUCGUCCGGCUACCUCGAGUUUCCUCAGCGACAGCCUGCGGCCACCUCGUCAGAAGAGGCGGCCAACGCCGCCCUCCUCGCGCAGACCCAGCGCAGCUCAGGAACAGCCUCGUCCAACGGCGAAGUGAGGCUGCAGGCCGUCCUCAUCUCGUCGGGCGACGACGCCGAACAGGAACAGGCCGGCCUCAAGCACAAGAUCCGUAAAGCCGCCCUGGGCCUCGGCCAGUCGCCCCCGAAACGCUCAUCGUCCACCGCCGAGGCUGCCAAGCCGCUGAUGCCGCCGCCCAACAAGCGCCGCUUCAGCCUCAAUGCCCUCAAAGUGCCCUUCCUGAGCACGCGAAAGACCAGCGGCCAUUCCGUUGCGGCCCCGAAGGCCGCCCCCGUGCGAGAUGACCAGGCCGUCACCGUCGACCUAGAAGAGGGCUCAGGCCACGGCGCCAGAUCGAUUGAGCAGACGAUGCUGCAGGUCACCUACGUCGACAGCAACGAAGGCACCACGAUUGUCGCCCCCGAGCUACCGCCCAAGGAGCUCGGAAUGCUGCAUGGUCGCGACCGCGCUGCCUUGCCGCCGCCGCGCUCGGCCCUCUCCCGCCCCAACUCGCCCAGCCGGGCUGCUAACCGGUCCGUCUCGGCCCAUCGCGUCAGCUUCAGCCCCUCAACCGACGAGGCCGCCGAGGCACGCGAGCAGGCUCUUGCCGUCCUGGCGCGGGAGGAGGAACAAAAGCUAGAAGAGGAGCGCAAGGCCGAGAUCAAGCGCAGGAAGAAAGAGGAAAAGCUGAACCGCAAGAGGAACAACGCCGGCCGUCUGCGCGGCCUCAAGUCGUUUUCGACGGGGAACCUGCUCGACAUCAGCAGGAUCACCAGCCGCGAGUCGGUCCGCAGCGACCCCGACGCCGACGUCAGCCGCGCGACCAAGGAGGCCGACAAUGACCUCGGCCUGGCUCGUCCACCUCAGCAUCGCCGCUUCUCGCUCGAUCGGGCCGGCAUCCGUCUCCAUGGCGUCCGCGGCAAGGGCAAGGCUAAGCCUGCCAAGGUCAAGGUGACCAAGAAGCAGGCCAUCGCGGCUAGGCAUGCCAAACUUCUUGAACAGGUCAUCAACGCUGGCAUGGGCCUCUAUCCGAUCGAUGCCGUCGACUCGGUCGGUCCGCGUGUCGAUGAGGCUAACCGACCCACCAAGGCGAGGAGGGACGCCGCAAGCAAGCCGCGGACCGUCCCGGUGGCAAGUCAGGCGCAGCUGAGGGAGCUCAAAAAGGCCUUGAUGGACAUGGAACUGGCCAACCACAUCAUCGGAGAGCUGCGCCAUAUGCAGAUCCCCGAGCGAACCGAUUCCUUGAGCCACCUGGGCGCUGGCGCCAUCGACACUGGCCACGACGGCAGCCACGGCAAAGAUCGCAUCCUCUGUGUCGCCUCGGAAGAGUCGACGCCGCCAGGUCCCGAUCAAGAUGUUGUCGCCGCGAUCAAGGCGUCGGCAGCUGAAGAGGCGCUCCGCAAGCUGGAAGGGCAGUACUCGAAGCAGGACACUGCAUCCGAGCCAUCCGGCCCCGGGCUCGGACCUGCGGUGCAGCAGAGGACCUCGUCGUUGGCGGCAGAGGCUGCCGUGGCUGACGCAGUACCCGCUGCGUCGUCGCUCGAUGCCACUUUGCCCACGGUUCGCAAGGAGCCAGUUUCCGCCGCCGCCGCUCCCGGCACGCGCCCCCGUAAGGUCGUCUGCCUCGACUGCGGCGAGCACGAGGCCCAUCGGAGGCACGCCGACCGUCAGAAGCUUCAGGAGCUCGGGCAAGACGACGGUCGUGGUCGUACCGCUGGCAGGGAGGCCCUGGUCGGCGGGGCAGCUGCCCUGGGCAUCGCGGCCGUCGCAGCUGGCGCCGUUGCUGGUUCGCGGCCGACGUCUGCGACCGCCGAGGAUCGCAGCGAUGCUCAGGACGAUGGCGAAGUCGCCUUCGCCGCAGCUUCGAUUGAAGAACGACCACGCGACAUGGCCCGUAGCAAGUCGUCGCCACUGCUGCCCGUGCUCGAGGGCGGGCGCACGCUGCUGGGAUCGACACCAGUGCAGAUGCUCCUCUCGCCCACGGCCGCGUUCAUCGGCACGACGGGCCAGAUGUCGGGAGCGUUUGGCGCACUGGCCGACGCCUCGGGCGCAGCGAUCCGCGCAACGACUGACAUGGACGCGGUGCGACCGCCGCUGGAUCGAAUGGCGAUCUUCGUCCACUGGUGGGGCUUCGAGCUCACGCUUCCAAAGCCCACGAUGAAUUACCUCGAGACCGCCCACUCGGUCUCUGGCGCCUUUUUGUCUUUUCUGCAGACGAUGGCCGUCAGCGGCGGCGUGCCAGAGCUCCAGCCCUUCAUCCGAUACAUCAGCGUGUACAUGGAUGUCGAGUUCAAGGCCAUCAAGGAGCAGGACCGCGGCCACGGCGUGUGCGUGGCGGCAACGUGGCUGAUGCCGCUGGCGCUGGUGCCGCGCGCCUGGGACUACUCUUACGAUCCGGCCACAGCAGUCUCGGCCGCAGCAGUCUCGGCCGCAGCAGUCUCGACCGCACCCAACGGUGGUGCCGCAAAGAUCUCGCCUGUCUCGCCGUCGCCGCCGUUGCAGGAGCCGAUGAUGCCGCUGCCUCCGCUCUCGAGCCUCACGGGAGCCAACAGCCCGAUGGCGACGCCGACCAAACCGCGGCAUGUCUUCCGCAAGGCCGGCAGCGGCGCAGCUGUCGAAAGUAUGUCGGUGUCGGCGGUGCCGGUGCCGAAGCGCAACCUCAGCCCUUCGCAGAUGGCCGCCAUCCAGGCGGCGCGUACCGAACGGAUGCCGGCUGACCUCGAGGCGCCUCCAGCGCUGAUGCUGCAUUCGCGCUCCUCGAGCGCCGACAGCAAGGAGGGCGUCGUGCCUUCGGCGGCGAGUGCCUUGGCGGCGCGGCGCAGCUCCAUCGGCGCCAGCCUCAGCCUGGGCCUUGAGAGCGUCGAGGAGGUGCCCGAGGGGUCGUUGAGGAUCAAGUCCAAGGUCAAGUAG